CUUAAUUCGUUAACCCGGUGCAUUUAACUGAAUGGAGGAGUCAAUCCGGGUACUUUUAAGAGGAACGUCAAAGCUUCCUUACACUUCAAUAGGGAAAGAGGUAACAAUUGAAGAUGCUGAAAAAGUCUGGAAAACUGUAGAAGUUUUCAUUCAUGAAAAUAUUUGCAAGAACAAGAGUGUUGUAAUCCGCCAAAUCGGAACCUUUUGUGUCAAAGAGACGAAAAUUCCGCUCGCACAUAAUCCAUUAAGAUAUCUCUUCAAGAGAACACCAAUGUUCUACGCUGCCUCACAAAUGUGCUUAUAUUUCAGAAUAAAGCCUUCUAGAGCAGAAGAUAUUCCUCCAAUCACCUUUCUCAAUCCUUCGACUAUCGCACAGCGUUGCCACAUCUCUAGACACAAAGUAAAUGAAUUAAUCAAGGAAAUCAUUGUCUAUAUCUAUAGGUGUCUUGCAGCAAAUUCCGAAGCGAAAUUGCCUAUACAUGGUAUAGGAACUGUGAUUUUCAGAAGUGAUGCAGUUAAAGUAUCUUUCGAAAAAAGUUUUCUUACGGAAAUUCAAGGAAAUGAUUUGACUGAAAUACAUGAGCCAUGUUUGUAGUGAAACCAGCUUAUGAUAUUUAUAUUAUUUGAAACUAAUAUCUAAAUUUCAUGUUUAUUUUAAUUUAUUAUGCACAACUUUCUUUGUAAUUCAUAGUAUUACUUUUCCAUGAAUACUGUAUCAAACAAGUUGAUAUUUUACUCUGAAUUCCUUUUAUUUUUUUCCAAUGGCGGACACUUGCCUAUGUCGA